UUUGGGAAGAUAUUAAGAAGGAUGGAAAUGUGUCUUUUUCGGUUAAAUAUUUAAUAAGCCUGCCUAAACUACGGUGUAGUAUGGGAUAAUACAAUCAGGGCAUAAUCAUCGUUAACACUAGCUACUAGCUAGUUGCUACAUCUGCAUAUACAACGGCUAAUAAAGUGGAAGGGGAAGGAAGGGAUGCUGAAGGAGGCUGUUGUUGCCACCACCACCGGCGGAGCUCACGUAUAAGAUAACCGAUAGCAGUGUCUGCUAACAACCCUCUGACAGUCUCGUUCAGAAGCAUAUCUUCACAGGACACAAAACACGCAGGAUGUAAACGAAGAGACAGCCAUAUGUGCACCUCAAGAAGAGAAGAUGGCACUGGUUGUGGUUGGUGCUCUCCUGUGCCUGUCCUGUUGGGUCUCUCUCUACUUUAUCUUGUGUAACGUUAACGCGUCAAGGAGCUACGAGUGGAACUGUCGCCUUGUCACCCUGGUACACGGCAUCCUGGCAGUCUGCAUCACAUCAUACAUAGGCUAUGUGGAUGGACCCUGGCCUUUCACUUAUCCAGGUACUAUAAACACUCCUCUGCAGAUAAGUGCCAUGGUUGUGAGCCUAGGCUACUUUAUUUUUGAUAUGGCCUGGUGUGUGUACUACCGCACAGAGGGACCCGUUAUGCUGGCCCACCACACCAUGAGCAUCCUGGGAAUCCUGUUGACCCUUUGGUUGGGGGAGUCUGGCAUCGAGUCCUGCGCGGUACUCUUUGGCAGUGAAAUCACCAACCCCCUCCUGCAGGCACGCUGGUUCCUCAAACAGACAGGACAUUACGGGACACUGCUGGGGGACGCUGUGGACGUCCUGUUUGUGCUGCUGUUUGUGACGAUGCGAAUCUUUGUGGGAGGCACAAUGCUAUACUGUGAGCUGAUCUCCCCGAGACCCAGAUUCUUUAUCAAGUGUGGGGGAGUGGCUAUGUACGCUCUAUCCUGGGUGUUUAUGGUGGACAUUGUUCGAUUUGCCAUUCGGAAGAGCAAGAGCUGGAACAAACAGAAGAGAGUCCAACAAAAGACAGUGGCAGCUAAUGGUCAUGAAGGGAAGAAGGACUGAUCGGCUUGUGCUUCUUUAAAGGAAAUCUGUGUCUUUGUUUUUCACUUUGGACGGACAAGGAAAAGUACAAAGAAAAUCAACUCUUUGAAUGUUAAACUGAGUUGAGAAAAAUCCUGUGAGAUUUGUCUGUAAGGUCUAACACCUGCACAUUUUUUAAAUAAACAUUUUUAUGCAGCUAUUGCAGCUGAACACAUGUUUGAUUAUUGUGUAAAAUGUGCAGUUAACAAACAACAAAGAUGUAGUUUAUGUCACUGAAAACCAAAGCACUUUCUAUAAACACAUGAACAGAUUUUGCAGUGAACUGUGGCCUAGUCAUAUGUGAUGGUGUUGCUCCAAAGGAAAUGUUAGGAAAGAGACAGUUUACAUGUAAUGCAUGUCCUCCUCGUGAAACAUUUUUUUGUCAUUUCAAAAAGUUAGGAUUGGUUUCCUUGUAAUCCUGUGGGUUUUUUGGUGCAUGGGAAACUUUGCACAGAUGUGAAAAGUGCACUCAGGGUGAUAAAAUCACAGCAGAAAGUCGGGAUGGACUCCAGAGAAAUGUGUGUGAUGUGUUUGAUUACUUUGUUUAAUCUACUUUAUAGCAAUAUAUAUUGUAAUUCCUAUAAGCGUUUGAAAUCCUAUUCCUAAAAAAAUGUCAUUCAUUUUAUUUGCUUUGUGUAAAAGGAUACAUGAAGAGAAAACCUCUCAAUUACAUAGUUCUACAGUGGCAGUGCUAUUAU